UGUCUUACACUUUGCUCAGACUGAAGUGAAACCACAUCUUGACUCAGACCUGUGAGGACUCCCUGGGAUCUCAGAUGAUCGUCAAGAAUGGAUUAGACUCUGAAUGAAAAACUGGACUUUCAUACGCAAGAAACUGAAAACUUAGAAGAAGGGAAAAAGUUCUGAAGAGUUGCCAUAUUCUCGACCCUGGAGUGACAUGAAUUGACGCACCUCCUGUGAUUUUGAAUUUUCCUCUCCACUGGGACACUCUCACUGGAGAAUUAGAAAACGGUCAGGACUAAGUAAGUCUUCAUUGUGAGUCGUUAUCUUGGGAAAAAAAGCUCACCUCUGGCUCUCGGCUCUAAUCAGGGACUCACCCUGCAGAACUGAUAAGCUCAAAGAAAAAAUCAAUAGCAGAAAAUCUGCACUCACCACUCUGUGACCAUGAGUGAGGAAAUAGAGAUAGCAGAAGAGAAAGACUGGCGCGAACUUGAACCCAACUACCCGGUCAAAAUCUUCCUCACAGUCCUGUACAGCCUCAUCCUGGUGACGGGGAUUGUGGGUAAUUCAGUCACCAUCAGAGUGACACAAAUACUGAAUCGAAAUGGUUACCUGCAGAAAAAUGUGACCGACCACAUGGUUAGCUUAGCAUGCUCAGAUAUGUUGGUGCUCCUUAUUGGCAUGCCCGUUGAGCUCUACAUCGCCAUCUGGUUCCCAUUCACGUCGAAUUCUGGCAACGCGUCCUGUAAAAUCUACAACUUCCUGUUUGAAGCUUGCAGCUAUGCCACCAUCCUCAACGUAGCCACGCUAAGCUUUGAGCGAUACACAGCAAUCUGUCACCCAUUUCGAUUUAAAGCUUUGGGUAGAAAACGGACCACCGGACUCAUCACGUUCGCCUGGCUGGCGUCCGUGCUCGUCGCCCUGCCUUUGCUCAUUGCCACAGGAACGGAGGGACACAUCCCCUUACGUGCGGACACACCUGUCCAGAAUCUGACCUUCUGUACCAACCUGAGGGAGCACUGGGUGAUGUACAGGGUGAGCGUCUUUCUGGCGUUCAUCAUCUACAUGAUCGUGUUGAUCUGUGUGGCCAUCAUGUGCCGGGCAAUGAUCCUCGUGCUCCGGAGACCUUUAGGAUCCAUGGAUGACGGCCUCGAUGGAACUCAAAGAGCACCGAAACACGAAAGUCAAAAGAUGAAGACGGCCCGUAAGCAGACCAUCAUUUUUCUUGGUCUCAUCGUGGGAUCUUUGAUGGUCUGCUGGUUUCCAAACCAGAUUCGUCGUCUCAUGAUGGCGGCCGUUCCAAAGUCCCGCUGGACCAUUUCUUACUUCCGGAGCUACGUCACUCUCCACCCUGUGGCCGACACGUUCUUCUACCUCAGCUCGGUCCUCAACCCGUUCCUCUACAACCUCUCCUCCCGACAGUUCAGGGAGGUGUUCAUGCAGGUGCUGCGGUGCCGCCUCACCAUCGAACACAUCAACAAGCGCACUCUGCACGCCAACGCUGCCUCCGGACGAUCCCUGCGGCCACUUCUUCUAAAGUCAUUUCGUCGCAGCAAGGUUAAUGCCCGCACCGCCACAAUGGAGAAAACUCCUCCCACUUUUACGACCUUCCAGCAGCAAAGUGAUUCAGGAGUGGCUUCAAACACUGAAACCUCUCUGAACCUGACUGAAGAGUCUGAUUCCAUUCCCAAUACAAAGACACGCAUACCAUCAGAGAGUGACGUAUAAUGUUCUGUACAUUUUAAUGCAACAGUAAAAACAAACCAAUGACGCCUGCGCUCAUAUGAGACACAAUUAAAGAAAUAUUUCUUAUACACAG